CAGCGUUACUGUAUCAGCUUGGCUUAAUCAAGGUUGAUGUAGUUGAAGUGUAGCUGAUCCAGUGACAGCUUGACGGAGAUCAGUGACGCGAGCGCGUUCACCUUCACGCGGAUCAUCAACAGCACCAUGGCGUCUGCGACGAGAAUCAUCCAGAGACUGAGGAACUAUCUGUCCGGGCAAGAUCUCCAGUCUAAACUACAACUGCGAUACACUGAAAUCGCAAAGAGGACUCAAGCGCCUCCCAAACUCCCUGUUGGACCCAGCCAUAAGUUUGCAAAUAACUACUACUGUCAGAGAGAUGGACGGCGGGAGUCUGUUCCAGCAACAGUGGUCAUGUCUUCUCAGAAAACCAUAACAGCUGGAAGUUCCAGUGAUGCUUCUGGAAAACCCAAAGUGCCGGUUAUACCUGGACCCCAGCUAAAGGAACUUCCACUGAGCGCUGACUAGAUUUAGGGCUCUAAUCUAAGCCACUGUUAUUAUAUUUAAUAAACGUGUGUAUAACUCAUAAUGUGUAUAUAACAGAAACAUGGUCUGUGCGUGUUCUUUUCAUUUCAGGAUUAAUGGAGGAAUGUUUAUGUGACAGUUAGAUUUGUUCUUCAUCAAGUGUACUUUUCAAUAAAAUCAAACACAUAAAUUAUAUAAUAAAGUUGGUUUCAAGCUAAAAA